AUGUUACGAAAACUUUUUAUGCUGAGCUUAUUCAGCAUAGUAAUAGCUCAGUGGGGCCAUAAUCCCUAUGCUGUAGGAGGAUUCGGCAUUCCUCCACCUCCUCCUCCGAACAACAAUGUUGGAGUUGGUUAUCCGACAGCUUAUGGGCUUUUUCUGGGACGUGGAGGUUACUUUGAGUUAAGUGAAACUCAAGAAGUAAUUUUAGCUCCAACUCCUCCUCUGAACAACAAUGUUGGAGUUGGUUAUCCGACAGCUUAUGGGCUUUUUCUGGGACGUGGAGCCCAAUCCAUCAUCCUCGCUCAGCAGCUCUGUGCGCUGUCUGAAUGGCGGAGCCCACAUAGGUCAAUGUCGCCUGGAUAA